AUGUCAGAACCUCUUUCGGGACGGUCCGUGUCUCCCGAUUCUACCCAGUUAUACCAAUCUCUCUUUCAAAUCGGUGCCGAGUUCCCACGCUUCCUGGUACCCUAUUAUCCCUGGUGGGAAGACGAAGCUACUACAGUUCUCUGGGCAUUCAAAAACCUCGAAAUCCGCCUACUUAUUCGCUACGGCUUAUUUCGCGAUGAAAGUUUAGCACGAAAUUCGCUUUUAAGCCGCAAUGUCGACACAAUUAAUGCGAUUUUUGUGGCGCUAACUGAAUCGCGUGAACAUCAGCUGCUUGAGCGUCUCUCCCAUGUGCAACGAGUGGAGGAAAUCCUGCGACGAUCUGGGCUUCCACCAUUCCAGCCGGUCCCUUGGUGUUGGACACCUCAAGCUUCGAUGCAUGCGGGUAUUUCAUAA